AGUGACUUAAGUUCAUUUGGCUUCAGCAUCGUGAGACGUGAGACGUGAUUUGUGUUGGGACGUGCGUUUUUUUGUCGUGUCAGGCUUUGACAUUGUCUGAGGAAGCCUAAUGACAGAAGGUUCCAGAAGGCUACAUGCAGCAACAUUUACAGACAUCACUGACUGAAUUCUGGUCUAUGCACUUAAACGAUGAGCUACCUGGCCCACUGGCAGUUCUUUGGGCUAGUGCUGGCAGUACUGGGAUUGAUCCUAAUGAUUGCCACCACUGGAGUGGAUGAUUGGAGGGUGUGGUAUGUGGACGACGUGUCCGUCAUCACCUCUGGCACGGCCUGGGUCGGCAUCUGGAGGGCUUGUUUUUAUAGCAGCAUCCUGGACACGGCUAAGUUCUGCCGGCGCAUAAGCAUCACAGACUCAUUUAUUCCUCCAGAGAUCGCUGCAGCGCAGGUGCUGUGUAUGACCGCCGUCCCUGUAGGAAUCGCAGCAAACCUGAUUGCAGGAUACGCCAUGAGACUUGCCUACUUCAACAUAGAUGGAGGGCAUGUCAGACUUUUCUUUUUCUCAGCAGGUGCUUUAUAUUUCCUUACUGCAACGUGCUGGCUGAUUCCUGUUUUCUGGAACAUGAACUCGGUGCUUGAAAAUCAUACAAUUGAUUUCCCACCAGAGUUUCUUCUACCUCCUGCACCAUAUAAACAGGAGCUCGGUCUGGGCAUCACAACAGGAAUCGGCUCCUCUGUUUUGCUUAUUAUAAGUGGGCUGCUCUUCCUGUUCUACAGGCAAACACGUAAACCCAGGAAACACAAAGCUGAGGCAACUGGAGGUAACAUGAACCUCAGAACUGAUGCUCUGGACACUGAGAUUGUGAGAGAAGGCAGAUAUAACCCAGCAUUCAAGAUAGAGGAAAAGCUGUAAUGUAGAUUUAUGGAUCCUAUAUAAUGCUAUUUAAACAUCUUUACCUUACACUUCCAACCAAUCAGAUUUCACUCCACUCUGUCACAAAGUUUAUAUGGUGUUAAAAAUGAGCUGUUUCUUUACCUUUUCAAAUAUCUCCUACUUCUCAUCGUGGUCUAUCCUAAAUAUACUGUAGUUCAAAUAUACAGUAUACAAGGGAGAUGUGGAAGCCUAGUGGUUAAGGUUUGACUAGCGACUGGAAGGUUGUGGGUUUGAAUCCCCAAGCUGCCACUGUUGGGCCCUUGAGCAAGGCCCUUAUCCCACAAUUGUAUAAAAAUGAGGCAAAAUGUAAGGAACUCUGCAUAAGGGCUUUUGGCAAAUGUCAUAAAUGUAAAUUAACACCAUCUGACCAAUCAGAUUUCAGCAGCACUGUGGUAUGGUGUGAUAUAAUGCACUUUAAUUAACACUCAAAUCAGCAUGUUGUACUUUUAUUUUUUAUUUAUUUAUUUUUUUUGCAAUUUGUUUUGACUAUGCAGUGUAGUGUUUUUGCAUUUUCAGGGGUCAGGGCUGCUGCUGUGCUGCAAAAUCACAGGAUGUGCCAUUAUGGUUGGGUGUAGAGGUGUUUAGUUUAACAGGACUAAAACAUCCUUUCUGUUUUUUUUUGUUUUUUUUUUCAUUUCAAUGACAAAGGAGGCUGAACCAAAAUGCAGUAAUGGCUUUAAUGAGAAUGUUCAUGUUGGACUCGUUUUAAAAAAUAUAUAGUGAAGAAAGCUUUUGUGUUCAAAAGUAUGCAUUGAGAAGAAUCAUCUUAGAAUCAAGUGCUGUAGCAAAAAACAGUAACUAAGUUGAUUCCUAGAUGUUCUUUGACAUUAAAUGCAGCUUUAAACAGAUGAAGAGUGUGUCAUUCCUUAAUGAAGACUGUUCAUCGUUAGUUAAAUACUCUGGUAUUAGAUGAAUGACACUUGAUGAUGUGAACACAAUUCAUCACAAUCCGCUUGCCGGGCCUGAUCAUAUCACUCGACUCUCUAAAAGCACACUCCAUUUUUUAUUUCUUACUUUCAUUAGUUGCACAUGAGUUAUAUAAACAGCAAGCAGAGCUAAGAGAAUGAAUUACAAUUUGAUGGAAAUGUAACUCACUGCAUGGCAAAAUGUAAUAAUAAUAUUGAAUGUAAUACAGGUUCAUGCUACUUAAUAAAAAAUGCUUACAUUUUUCACUUAA